GCGAUAGUGAAGCUCAACAAUGGUGGCAAACAACCCGGAUGACCCGACCGAUAGCGCCAAGGCGAUAACUGCCUGCAUAGCGCACGUGCGUAAACUCCGCGAAGCCCAGAGCGCCGACGACUAUCGGUGUGACCAGAAGGAUGCCGGCGGCCGAGGAAGUGCUGGUGACGGGCGGCGCGGGCUACCUAGGCUCUUGCCUGGUGCCACUCCUGCUGGAGCGCGGCUGGCGCGUGGCCGUGUACGACACGUUCUCCCGCGGGCUGGGCCCGCUGCUGCCGGUGGCCCACCGCGUGCGCCUCGUGCGUGGCGACGUCCGGGACGGCGCAGCGCUGGCGUCCGCGCUCAAAGGCGUCGGCGCCGUGGUGCACCUGGCAGCCGUGGUGGGCUACCCGGCGUGCAGCCGCGACCCCGAGCUCGCCGAGUCCAUCAACGUGGGCGGCACGCGGACGGUGCUCGAACAGCUUUCGCCCUCUCAGCGGCUGGUGUUCGCCUCGACCGGCUCGUGCUACGGCGCCGUCACGGAAGGUCUUUGCACCGAGGAAACGCCGCUGUCGCCCCUCUCGGUGUACGGCAGCACCAAGGAGCAGGCCGAAGACCUGGUUCUGAAGCACGGAUGCGUCGCGCUGCGGCUCGCCACCGUGUUCGGCGUGGCUCCUCGGAUGCGCGUCGACCUGCUCGUCAACGACCUGUCGCGGCGCGCGCUCCGCGACGGCGAGUUGGAGGUGUACGAGCCGGACUUCUGGCGCAGCCUGCUGCACGUGCGCGACGCCGCGCGGGCCUUCGCGCUGGCGCUCGACCGCUACGACGAGAUGCGCGGUCGCGCCUUCAACGUGGGCGACGACGCGCUCAACGUGACCAAGGCGAAGCUGGCGCGGCUCAUCUGCGACCGGGCCGGCGGAGUGCGGCUGCUGCUGGGCGCGCCGGGUCGAGAUCAGGACAGGCGCGACUAUCGCGUGUCGCACGCUCGCAUCCGAGAGGAGCUGGGCUUCCGAGCGAGUGUCUCCCUCGAGCAAGGGGUCGACGAGCUGCUCAAAGCGCUGCCCCUCAUGAAGCCCCACGAGCUGUGCAUGAACUAGCACCCACGCCCCCGACAGUGCCGUCUUAUCGCUGCUAUAUGGUCCGAGCUGGUAUUUUUGAAGGCUCUAUCGUCGGCAGUGCUUCUGCUUGCACACGAGUCAGAUACAGUGUGCACGUUCCCUCGGAGGCGCGACGUCAUGAUCGUACAAGCUGGCAAGCCAUACAUUUUUGGGCAGGACCACGGCGACACUUUCAUUCUGCAAAUCGUGACUCGCAAUGAAAAAAAGCGCCAUCCUAUGGUAGCGAUAUCGCAUUAAGAACGCGCAGGCAUUUUCAUAUAGGAAGCCUAUGUUGGUUUUAUCGUAUUUAGUGCGUCGAAUUCAAAGGAAGUGUCCGCAUGCGUUAAACUGGCGACUAGAAACAGAAUUCUGGUAUAUAGUGAGCGUAAAGGUGCUGGUAACGCAGUUCGCCCACUAGCCCGUGAAUGCGCUGUUUGCUUGCGUGCUAUAUGUAAGGCCGCUAUUGACAAAGCCAUGAACUCUAUAUUAUUUGCAACCGCGUUCCGUGCAUCCAACUAUGCGGUGAACAGCACACAUUGAAAAUAAACCUGUACCUGUUGCAA